AUGCUUAGGGAAACCCAGCAGGAGAACAUGCUGCUUCGUGAAAUCCUGAAUUCUCGAGGCGUUGCUUUCGAGGUCGAGCUGCAGCAACGAAAGAAUGCGAUCGCAAUGGGGGGUGGACCUUCGCAUGGCGCGCGAGGCAUAAGUCCCAGCUACUCGAUCGCUCAUUCGGGAAGUCCUUAUGGCACUGCUAUACCACCUACAGCUCCUCCGUCACAGUCUGGUCUAGGGGAUUUCAAUCCAGCUGGAUACACUAACGGUGCCCACAAUAUCAUGUCAGGACACUCACCCACUGCACCAAACAACAGUUCUCCGGGCACCACACACCACAGUCACUCGCCACCUGAGAUGCAGGAAGUAGGAGGUUCGCACGAUAUUGCCAUCACAGAUGCACCCGGCAUUUUCGAAAAGGAACCUCAACUUGGCAUAGACUUUAUCCUUGCUCUAGAAGAGACAUGUCGCGAUCAUAGCGAGUACCUCGUCCGGCGGUCGAUGAACUCGCCUAAUGACCCGGAUGAAGCAUUGUUCUCUGGCCACGCAUUGAUGGCAUCUGUUCCACCACCUAGCCACAUCGACAGAACACCACCUCAGAAAGGAGGAUUACAGCCUACGUAUCCUCAUCAAGCACCGCAAGCCUCAAUACACGCACUGCAGACGCUCUUGAAUCUCAGCAGAGUUAUCAAAUCAGAAGGUUAUGUUGAAGGUGGACAAGUCACCCCUAUCAUGGCUCUCCAGUCUCUGAGGGGUCAUUACAACUAUCAUUCCUUAACAAGAGACGAUGUGGUUGGCAUGAUUGACGCGAUCAGGAACAAAGUAAGAUGUUACGGUUUCGGCGCAGUGAUGGAGGACUUCGAGUUACGAGACGCUCUUGCUACCAUAUUUGCAACUAAACCUGAGGCUUAUGAGUCUUUCGGUAACGAUAUGACUAGCGAGAUUGAGGAGAUGUAUUCUUGA